ACGUGCCGGCGGCGGGAAGUUUUUUUAAUGAGCACCUGUGGAGUAAACUUGAAAGAAGUCCGCCAUCACGCCUCGUCUGCGUCUUUUAUGAUUAGACGAGACAACACAAAGCCAUUUUCAAGAAGUAUAUUUAAAGAGUAACUACAUCUUGUGAGAACAUCUCGGCCAACCCCGGAAGCUCGCUCAGCUGUCGAUGAAAUAUCCUUUGAGAGACGACCACCACCACCCGGACACAGGGAGGGUUGGAUGAGCUGCUGGCAAAACUUCCCAAGUUUCUAAAUAAUUUCCCUGGGAUUUGCAGAGCAUGUCAAGGAAUUGGGGGAGAACUUUCUGGUCGGUGUGAGAACUCUCCGGUUAUCAGUUCUACACAGCUUUGCAUCCCGGGAGAGAAGAGUUGUACUCUGGGUCAUAAAAAGGAAGAACGCUCAUAACAGCAAGAAGCAACCGCGUCUUCCAAAGAUGGAGCACACUCCAGCUGUGAUUCUUCUUCUGACGUUAAUGGUGGGCUCCAAAGGCGAGUUCAAAGACAAACAUCCCUCAAGUACCGCAGAGGGCAAAGGCAGCCGCUGCUCCUACACCUUCAUCGUGCCCCAGCAAAAACUAUCGGGGGCAUUAUGCUUGGAAACAAAGGCGGCCGCCAACCAGUCGGAGGUGGCUACUCUGCAGGCGGAGCUCAGACGGCAGCAGGAGCAGCUGGAGAGCCUGCAGGUCUUGCUGCAGCAGGAAGGUAGCUUGGCCAUGGAGGUGAGAGCCCUGCGCAAGGAGAGCAGCAGCAUGAACUCCCGCAUCGCUCAGCUCUACGGCCAGCUGCUGAUGGAGGUCUUACACAAGAAAGACCACGCUUUGGAGCAGCGCAGGGUGGAGAACCUCCUGCUGAACGCCACAACGCAUGCGCUGCAGGUGUCCAGCAACUUCAGGGAGCUGGAGAAGAAGUAUGGAGGCCUGACGGCCAUGAUGAGCUCUCACAGCCAUUUGAUCGCCCGCCUGGAGAAGCAGUGCCAAUGCAGAGACUGCGGUCAGUCUGACCAGGUGGUGGCGACCGACCCACCAAAAAUCCACCCCGCUGUGCCUCGUAAUGACAGCUCUGAAAUCAGUAACGAUCUUCAAAGGGACCAAAGUGCUCCCCUGCAGCAGGACAACCCCGUAGGAGUGCACUCCAAUGCUGUCACACCAGCCAUUCCUCCUACCGACCAUCCUGUCAUUAGCUUCCCUGUCACCAAGACGCCAGGGCCGUGGCGAGACUGCCAAAACGUCCUGGAAUCCGGCGAGACGACCAGCGGGAUCUACCUGCUGCGCCUGCAGAGUGCCAACCGGCUGGUGCAGGCCUGGUGUGAGCAGAACCAGGCUCAGGGAGGCUGGACCGUCUUCCAGAGGAGGCAGGACGGAUCUGUCAACUUCUUCAGGAACUGGGAGCAGUAUAAGCAAGGCUUUGGGAACCUGGACGGGGAGUACUGGCUAGGACUGGAGCACCUGUACUGGCUGACCAAACAAGCCCAGUACAAGCUGCGCGUGGUCCUGGAGGACUGGCAGGGCCGGCAGGUGUUCGCCGAGUAUGACAGCUUCCGGCUGGAGGCGGAGAGCGACUGGUAUCGACUGCGUUUGGGACAGUAUCGCGGCAACGCUGGCGAUUCUCUCUCCUGGCACAACAACAAGGCCUUCACCACUCUGGACCGGGACAAGGACAGCUACACAGGUAACUGUGCUCACUACCAGAAAGGAGGCUGGUGGUACCACACGUGCGCCCACUCCAACCUCAACGGCGUGUGGUAUCGGGGCGGUCACUAUCGCAGCCGCUACCAGGACGGCAUGUACUGGGCGGAGUUCCAUGGCGGCUCCUACUCCCUCAGGCGGGUCCUCAUGAUGGUCAAGCCCACUUCCUGAGCUGAGGUGAACACUGCUUUCAACAUGCUACAAAUACUUCCUUUUUAAGUUCAUGUUUUCUCAUUUGGACAUUUCAAUAAAAUCAUCCCCAAAAA